AUGGCAAAGAAUAGGGGCAAAAACAAGUUCGUUGUUGGCUCCUCUAGUGAGAGAGAGAACGUGCCUUCGGGGAGGUUACCGAAAUCUUCGAGGGGUCGACCUUCGGAGAGGCCGUUGGAGAAGAGUUCGAUUGGUUGGGAUGCUUCCGAAGAUGAACGUGCAACCUCUGGUGAGAGAGCUGUUCGAGCUGAUCCGUGGGAUUCCGCCUCUUCUGUUGAAGCUGUUCCUGUGAAGGUUGUGCUUCCUGAGUUGAAGACGACUUCGGAUCCGUUAAAGAGUGUGGUGGUUGCUGAACCGCCGGCCGUGGAUCAGCCGCUGAUCGAGGAAGAUAUCAUCCCUUCUCCCCUUAAACCAUCUGCUGCUUUGGGGAUCGAAAUCCAGGAUAUCACCGAGGUGAUGGAGGCGAUUGAAGCCGAUUUUGUUCCUGUUUCGGAUGUCCCUGAGGUAGCUGGGGAGAAGAAGGAGUCUGCUGAUCUUCCCUUCGAGAGGGAGAAGAGUCCAGACAAGGAGAUGAUAGAUCUCUCGGGCCCCGAAGCUGCGGUCCCCGAGGCUCAGAAGGAGGUUCCCUCUGCUGGAGAGGAGGAGCAGCCCGAGCAAGGUUUGACGAGGAAGAGGCGCCACUCAACUUUGGGUUCUACUUCUACCUCGGCCCUGGAUAGGCUGAUCCAUGCUGAUCCCUGUUCGGAUGUUCCGCUAAAACGGAUCCCCGAAGAAGUAAGGGAGGCGAUGGCUCGAUAUGCCAGGGCUCCGAUUUUGGGAGAGGACCCUUUGGCUCACGUGGGAUCCUUGGUGGGCCCCGAGGCUGCUCGGGAGAAUCUGCUUCGUGCUAACCCGCAGUGGAGGGUUCCUGGGGCCGAAGAGAGGAAUCCGGCAAUGAUGGCCCAGUACUAUCUGAACGAGGCUGUUUUCUGGUCUUCGUUCGCUUCCGAGUGUAGCUCGGUUGAGGAGAAACAACUGAGGAAAUAUCGUGAGGCUUAUGCUCGUGAUAUUCCCAUUUUGGACCAGAAGGCUGGGCAACUCCUCUCCGAGCUUACGGAACUCAAGCAGCUGUACCUUCACUAUAGUCGCGAGGCUAGAGAGUCUGCUGAGAAGAUCGGGACCGAGGUUGGCCAGCUCAUCUUCCGAGUUGAAGAGGAUGCUGAGAAGAUCGCUUCCUUUGCUGAGGAGAAGAAGGAUAUGGCCGCUAAGUUCGCUAGCGAACUUGAGGAAAAAGAUAGACUCUUCCAGGAGAUGAAGUCUAAAUUUGAAGCGGCCGACAAGGAGCGUAAAGAGGCGGAGUUAAGGCUCCACCAUUUUGUCCAGCAUCGGGAGCUGAUCCAGCAGCAAGCUGAUAAGGUGCCUGUCCUUCGGCUGAAGCUUCGGGAAAAAGAUGACUAUAUUCGGAAGCUGGAGCAGGAGCGAGUCAACCUCUACACUGCUGAUCAGUGUAGAGAGCAGUACUGGAACGGCAUCCUGGGUGCUCGGCGCAUGUUUGCGAAGCACAUGCCUCACUUCCCUUGGAACGAGAAAGUUCCUCUAUGGAUGCAGGCCGAGGACCACUUGGUGGAAUGCCAAGCUGAUCGAGAUGAAGCUGAAGCUGAACGCCAAGCUGCUCUUGCAGAGGCUCGGGCCCAGAAGGCAACUUCCGAAGGUGAUACCACUGCUGGGGGUUCUUCGAAGGAUGCUCCCCUAGGGGCCGCUUCUGAGACUCCCAAGAGUUAGGGAUUCGGGCAGUCGUCUUCUUCAGAGUCGGUCGGUUCCAGUUGAGGACUUCCGAAUAUGUGCUUGCUUUUCCCCCUUUUGCCUCGGCGCUGCGUUGUACUCAUUUCUUUUUGCUUUCUUUAGUACUUCGGUAGGCCGGUAUUGUCUGUUGAUGGCUGCCGAUUUUAACUUGUUUCAUUUUGUUUUCAAUUUUUGAGGUUUUCGAUGUGUUUGUACUUCCCCCAAAUAUUGAAUAAAAAAUGAAUGUUUGUUACUUGGCUGCUUCUUUUCAACUUGUUCUUUCGCAAUUUUUAGGUCUUUAAAUCCGUAGAUUUCUCGAGCUCCUCUUUCUGUAGACUUGCUAAAAACCUUUUGAUCUUGCGAGCUCUUUAAAUCCGUAGAUCUGCUAAGAGACUCUUUAGUUUUGCGAGUUCUUCAAAUCCGUAGAUCUGCUAAGAGACUCUUUGACUUUGUGAGUUCUUCAAAUCCGUAGAUCUGCUAAGAGACUCUUUAGUUUUGCGAGUUCUUCAAAUCCGUAGAUCUGCUAAGAGACUCUUUAGUUUUGCGAGUUCUUCAAAUCCGUAGAUCUGCUAAGAGACUCUUUAGUUUUGCGAGUUCUUCAAAUCCGUAGAUCUGCUAAGAGACUCUUUAGUUUUGCGAGUUCUUCAAAUCCGUAGAUCUGCUAAGAGACUCUUUAGUUUCCAGACUCUUCAAAUCCGUCGAUCUGCUCAGAGGUUUGGAUUGUUCUUCCGAUCUCUUGUGGUUCGGAAACCUGGGCAAGAGAUCGCUAGUCUGCCUCUUUAGUUAUGCCUUCGGCGAUCCGUGGAUCUGAGCCGGAGUUUUAUAACUUGAUU